AACAUUCCUUACUAGCUUCCCAGGCCCACCAGAGACUCAGAUAAUGCUUCCACAAAACAUCUGUUGUGCACAGAUGUUACUCAGUGCUGCACUGGUAGGAGUUCUAAAAGACAACAAUGGAUAAAGUCAAUGCCUGCACAUUGAUGCUAGUACUUUGCAGCAUUCAGUUUGUGGAUGCUGUGCUGCCAUACGAACCAGUGCAGUACCUUUCGGCUCAUCUUCACUCUCCAUCCGCCUCACCUCUGGGAGAUUUUCUGAAAGAAGCGAGUGCACAAGAUGCUGCUAGUUGGAUGUCUGUUGCUAAGGAUAAUUUGAAGAAGUUGCUAGCUGACUCGGAAACAAGUGUUGUGCUAAUGAAAGGAGAACAUAUUUUGGUGCAGCAUCGAGCCAAAGGGGUUGAAUUAAACUCUAGUAUCGAAACUCCUCCAGCUAAUGUUUUAUCGAUAGUGAGCAUUGUUCUACCAAUUCUUCUUGAAGGUUUCGAUGAUCAAGUUAUCAAAGACCCAAUCAGCAAAGUGCUGAAAGAAAACAAUCCAAGUAGUUUUGUUGACAUUCUUACCAAGCUAUCUGGCUCUGUUGAUGAAGCUAACACUCUGUCUAAGCUCACAAGCAACGGCUUAGUUUCUCUUCGAUUCUUGAGCAAGAUACUAGGAGAUAAUGCGAGAGAUGCAUGGAUGGAUGCAUACAUGGCUCUUGGAGUAGCUAGUGCCGCUCCAACUGACAAAAAAUUAAUGAAAUUGACGUUUGAAGACCUCAAGCAAAUCUCAUACUCCAUCGCACAUGACCUUGUUACACUAAGUAAGGCGAAAGAUUCAAAAAAGUUCCCCCUCGAUGAUGACAAGUAUUUAUUUGGUUGGUGGUUUAAUUGUCCGAAAGACUCUCAUUCCAACUGCCUCAUUCCCAGUGCUCCCGCAGACACGAUUUUCUCACUCAGCCCUGAACUUCGAUUGUACAUCACCCCCAGUCUGGAGCUGACCCUGAUCAUCCUAGGACCAGGGGCCAACUCCACGUCUAGAGACAAGAGUGUGGAGUCCAUUGCCGAUAUCAUAGUUGAAGAUACGGAGAUUUGGAAUACGUUCAAUCCAUCUGCUGUUGCAGGAAGUUCUAAAAGAGACACGAUGUCAUAGUAGACUACUAUAACAAUGCUAGAAUUUUCUUUGUAUUAGCGUUGUCAAUUGUACAAGGUACCAUUACAAAACUCAUGUACAAUUGCAUAAUUUUGGCUAAUUUCACAUAAUCAUAAUUCACUUGUGGUAAAUUGAUAACAA